AUCCUGCCCACUUUGCGACUAUAAGCAGCCCAAAAAAUCCGUCCAGAGAGACUUUUGACUGAAAGGACCCCCCCCCCACAAAAAAAGCAGCUGUUGCGAAACGUUGUGAUUGUUUACGGGCAUGUAUAUGAAAUCUCAAGCGCUGCUGUUGCACCAAGUUCUUGAGGCCGAAGUCGGCGAAUCUCCCAUAACAAUCAGAGCUUUGAUUCCAAAAAACGUAGUAGGUGCCUGUAUCGGCCUUGGAGGCGAGACCCACCGAGAUUUAGAGCGACAGUUUGAGACGGCAAUAGCCUUUGGUGCUUCCAGCCAUGUUGGUGCUCGACUUGCAAGUAUCGCAGGCACCACUCAUCAGGUUGCAAGAACUUGGAGAGAAUGUGCGUUCUUAAUGUAUCGCAGAAAGUGCCCUGUGUAUGGUCAGAAGCUUUCGGUUGACUUGCUCAUACCCAAUUUGUUAGCUCAGAAAUUGUGUGAAACUUCAGAGGACAACGAUUGCGAGCUAACGGAAAUUGCUGUACUCAGUGGUGCUACGUUGGUAUUGAAGAAAGAUGCAUUAGGAAGUUCAACAGAACGAGUACUCCAAGUGUUCUUAGAUGGGCUGGACCUGCAGGAACUCUUACAAUUCGAAACCGCCAUUAGACUUUUGGGAAGAUCUUUCCAACGCUAUACACACCUAGCCUUCUCUCCGGACAAUAUCUACUAUAUUCCUGGUCAUGGAGUGGGUGAUGCGGAAUUUGGUACGACUGAUGGGCAAGAGAACAAAGAAGACUGGAGCUUUUCAGUCGAAAUCAACGAAAAACGAACUGUGGAAGGUAUUGAUUCUUCUCCCAGAGUGCCCAAUGGUAACCUGUACAUGGACAAUUUUAUGGAAACCUCCUGGGCUCGAUUACAACAACCUGCAGGUGCAGCUGAUUCUCCCAACCCCAACGGCGAUACCACCACCAACGGUGGUCAUUCGACAAACAAUCAACGUUUGCGAUCCAGCGUUUGCACUGUGCGCUUACUGGUUAGCAAUCUCUAUACACAGAGUUUAUUCAGAAGAGAUCAUUCUUCCCAAAUGUCGAUCUUCAGACAAAUGCAAAAUAGGUACUCCGCAGAGAGGAUGCACAUUACGCCUAUCACUAGCACCCCAAGUACGGUACCUCGCAACCAGUUCUGUUAUCUUGGCGAACCAUCCAAUUCUAUGAACUGGUCACGGCAUUGUGAAGAUCUCAAGUGGCCCCGUGUUAUUCACUUCAUCGUUGAUCUUGAUAAAGUGAGCGGUAUCACUAGUGAUAUUGCAAGAUUAUUGAAUGGAGAGAUGCAAAAUGCUCCCGAGUCGCUACUACGCUUGAUCUUGUCAGAACUGGCUAUUCAAUGUCUAACUUCUACUGAAGAUGAACUAAGCAACCUGCGGUCCUCUACGGGUUGUAACAUAUGGAUAUGCGAUGAAAAUCUUGGAGAUAGCGAUGAACGCGCUGUCAUUAUAACUGGCAACUACGCCAAAAUAGGCAAGGCUGCUAACAAGAUCUACUCGACCAUCAACUCCAAAUUGCGCUUGGCUGAUAUUCACAAGCCUAUUCGUCACUAUAAUCCAGUGGAAAGCGUCCCACCAGAAGACGCUGCGUUAUCUGGAUGGUGAGGCUAGAAAAAAAGUAUCAUAACCAAACGACCAAGCCAACCCUUCUUCACCAUCAUCCACUGAGGCAAGGCAUGUAUAUAUAUCCAGUGAGCUCUCUUAUCGUCCUUUGUACCCCUUUUCUCCAAAGCAUGACUUACCGGCCAAUUCAACC